CUUUAGUGCUUGAAAGAGCAAACUAAGUAUUCACUUGCGAAAUUUUACUGUUCCGUUAAAAAAUGUUUGAUCAUUGUUGAGUGCUUUUUUAUUCGGCUUGAGCCGUUACUUCGAAAUAACUGUCUACUCAUGAUUAUUAAAGAGCACAAGGAAAUGUUAAGAAAUUGCAGACUUAGACAAUUUUUCACAUAGCGACGUCAAUUCGACGAAUUCCAAAAAUUAAUUGUUGGUUGUUGCUACGUCAUUUGAUUGCAAGGCUGUUUACAAUGGUUUCAUUAAGCAGACUGUGGUUUUUUACAUGUUGCGUCAUUACUAGUUUAGUAAAUAUCAAUGGGGCAGAGGCAUCACGGGUAUUGGAACUUGGUGAUAGAUUUUUGGAUGUUCAUAAGGAGGGGCAAUGGCUUGUUAUGAUGUAUGCACCAUGGUGUGCACAUUGUAAAAAAAUAGAACCAAUUUGGGCACAUGUUGCUCAAUAUUUACAUUCAACACCAAUUAGAGUUGGGAGAAUAGAUUGCACUCGUUAUACUAGUGUAUCACAUGCUUACAAAAUUAAAGGUUUUCCAACAAUUUUAUUCAUCAAAGGGGACGAACAAUUUGUUUAUAAUGGAGAUAGAACAAGAGAUGAAAUUGUUAAGUUUGCUACAAGAUUGAGUGGGCCACCAGUUCAAGAAGUCACACGUACUGUUAGUUUUGAUAGUUUAAAAAAAGAUAGAGAUUUGUAUUUUUUAUAUGUUGGAGAAAAAUCUAGCCCAUUAUGGGAAUCCUAUCACAGUAUUGCUAGUAUUUUUCAACCACAUGCAUUUUUUUACCAAUCUCAUCCAGUUGUUGUAGAUAAACAUGCUCCAAUCGAACAAACUCCUUCACUUUUUGUAUAUAAAGAUAAUGUACAUUACAAUUUUACAGAUAUUGGUAUAUCUGAUAAAGAAAAACUGAAUGAAACAUUGUAUAAAUGGAUAAAUGCAGAACGUUUUCCAACUUUUCCAAAAGUGACUAGAGGAAAUAUGCAUCAGUUAUUCUUAACAAAUAAAAAUCUAGUCUUAGCAGUUGUAGAAGAAAAUCAAUUGGAAGAAGUUCCACCAGACAUGCUUGAAUUCAGGGAUAUGAUUGAGGCUGUGAUCAAGAAGAAACGCCACAAAUAUCAUGAUCAUUUCCAAUUUGGUUGGGUGGGUAAUCCAGAACUAGUCAAUAGUAUUGCUAUGAUGGUUCUACCACUGCCAAGUUUGAUUGUAAUUAAUUCCACUACAAAUCACCACUACAUUCCGGAAGAUGAACCAGAAAAGUUAACACCACAUGUGAUUGAAUUGUUCCUAGAUAAAAUUAGAGCUGAAAGUGUCCCGAAAUAUGGUGGAAAUAGCAUUGUAGUAAAUAUAUACAGAUCAUGGUUCGAAGUUAGAUCUGCACUUGUAUCUAUGUGGAAGGGAAAUCCUGUUCUAACUCUGGUCUUAUUUGGUCUACCUGCAGGCUUUUUGUCACUUAUUUGUUAUAACAUUUGGUGUCCAGAUAUAUUUGAUGCAGAUGAAGAAGAUGAAGAUACAGAAUCAAGUCAUGCAAAGAAAGACUAGAUGCGCGGUUGAAUAAGACAGAUAUUUCAAUACACGAAGUGAGAAUUAGUUAUUUUAUGCAUUUAACCAUUUUUCCAGAUGUGACAAUACUUUAGUUAAUUUAUUAU